AUGAACACUGGUAUUUUGCUCAUUCUCUUCGCUGCAUACGUCAGCGUUUGUUUUGCCAAACCCAGCAUAAGCGAACUGAUUCAACAAGCAAUGAGUGAGAUUAAGACCACAAGCUUGAACAAGGAUGAGCUUCUUGCAAGCCACGAGACAAUCCAUGCACUUUCAAAAGAAAUUGCUGAAGAGGUAAAACUCACUCCACAACGAGAAGCGGCCUUAAACGAAAGGCUUCAGGUAAGCUGAAG